AUGGACCGGGAUAAGUUGGCCAAGAUGGCUUCGGCUGUAAGGACCGGUGGAAAGGGAACCGUGCGCAGGAAGAAGAAGGCGGUGCACAAGACGGCGACGACGGACGACAAGCGGCUGCAGAGCACGCUGAAGCGCCUGGGCGUCAACACCAUCCCGGGCAUCGAGGAGGUCAACAUCUUCCAGGGCGAGUCGGUCAUCCACUUCACCAACCCCAAGGUGCAAGCCUCCAUCGCAGCAAACACAUACGUGGUCAGCGGCCCCUCGCAGACCAAGAACGUGGCGGAGCUGAUUCCCCCGAACCUGCAGCAGAUGCUGGCCCAGAUGCAGGGCGGCGACCUGCAGAAGCUCAUGCAGCAGUUCAAGGGGGAGGGCGGCGCAGGCGCGGCCGUGGAGGAGGCGGACGACGAUGUCCCCGACCUGGUGGAGAACUUCGAGGCUACCGCCGCAACCUCGUAG